GAAGCACGCCACGCUGGCACGAGCCCAUCAAAGAAUCAGCGGGCGUGGGGCUUCGGUCACAGACGCUCUGUAGUAGAUUUCUGUGAUUUACUUUUCUAAUUUCUAAUGUAACAUUUUAGAGAAAGAAAAUACGCUAUUUUAUAGUGUGAAUAGGAUAUAAAUUAAGCUCUUUAGAACUUUUAAGCUCAGGGUAGUGGUAAGUCUGUUUCCGUCUUGCAAGACUUGCAAUGGACGUUCCACAUCACGGCUAUCGAUCGACAACAAACCCCAGAGCACGCAGAGCACCCCCUACUGCUGGCAAGGCUUUGCUGUUCACGGACACCAGCUCUCUCUCGCCCCCCAUGGCCAUGCAGGGGUACUACGCGGGCGGAGCAGCAGGAGCCAGAGGAGGAGACACUAAUUUCUUCGGGGACCCAGUGGCCCGUGCAGCGAUGGUGUACGGCUCAUCCCUGGCCUUCCAGGGCAAGGACAUGGCCAACAAGGAGAUCAGCCGCUUUGUGUCUGUGAACAGGCUGAAAUACUUCUUCACGGUCGACACCACGUACGUCCUGAAGAAGCUGCUGCUCCUCCUCUUUCCGUACGCACAUCAGGAUUGGGAAGUGCGUUACCAUAGGGACAUGCCCCUGACGCCCCGGAAUGAUGUCAACGCUCCCGACCUCUACAUCCCCUCGAUGGCGUUCCUUACCUACAUCCUUCUAGUGGGAAUGGCGUUGGGAGUUCAGAGGAGGUACUGUCAGCCAGUGUGGCCUUGCAUCAGCCUGGUCUGGGUUGUUGUGGAGGUCGUGGCCUUGGCUCUGGCUCUCUACCUGCUCACUGUGCACUCUGACCUCUCGACCUUUGACCUCCUGGCCUACAGUGGAUACAAAUAUGUGGGGAUUAUCCUCACGAUGGUGGGAGGCCUGUUGUUUGGAAGGAAUGGGUAUUUCCUGUCUCUAGCCUGGGCUUCCUGUUCAUUCAUGUAUUUUAUCGUCCGCUCGCUGCGGGGGAAGAUUCUCUCCUCUCUCUCCUCGCGCUCCAUGGGCCCCGGGGCCAGCGCCAAACCCCAGCUGCGCCUGUACAUCACCAUGGCAACCGCGGCCUUUCAGCCAAUCGUCCUCUACUGGCUCACCUCUCACCUGGUCAGGUGAUGGAGACCCGGAGCUGUGGCAGUGGUGUGUUCUGCCCAUGCGGCUGAUUGGCUUUCAUCUGCCAACUUUACCUGAGUGACAGGCCCUACAUCCAACCAGCACGGAGAAGCGUGCUUGUAGUCAAACACACACCAGCCACACAUACUCCUUACUAACACACACUGCACCAAGUGGCUGUCAAACGCACACUGUGAUAGGUGCAUUUAUGAUACAUAGUUUAUUCCACCAAAGAACCUUCCAUAAUGAUGCGAACAUCCAGGGUCAUCAUGGUCAUCAAAUCCUCAAAAAAAAGUAUACCCCAGCCUAACCCUCCACCCCACCCAUCCAUGUUCCUGAUUUCGGAGGGUUAUGGGUUUUACUCAGAGCAGUAAUCCAGCUAACUCUGUAAUUAUGUUUCAUGAUGCAGGUGUCAGGUGCCUUGUAGUUUUACCAAGUCAAUAAAACUACAAAUCAGGCAGCAGAGCAGUGUGGAGGAUAGUGAAAUGGAUUUGUAACUAAGGGGUUGCAGGUUCAGUAUCCAGGUGGGGUGCCGCCACUGUACCCUUGAGCUAAAGGUACUUCACCUGAGCUGCUUCAGGUAAAUAUCCAGCCGUAUAAAUGGACUGUAUGUGAAACAUAAGCUGUGUAAGUCGCUCUGGAAAUGGCUGUCAGCAAAGCAAAUAAACAUUUUAUUGUUCCAAACAACAA